AUGGCUCCCCCGCGUCAACGGACGGCGGCCGUCCAGGACGACUCUCGAUCGGAGGGCUCCAGUACUACGAGAGAACACAAGACUACGAGUGUCAAGUCCCGGAAAGGUGCGAAUGGGUCUCUGGUGACAUCUGUUACCAGUCGAGAAGUCAAAGUCUCAGCAAACCUCGCCAAUGUGACCAGUGCCCCCGCUGGGGGAAACGCUGCAGACGUGCCAAAGAUCCCCUGGAACGAGAUGCCCCUUAGCCUCCUCCACUCGUACCGACACGCCUACAAACUCUCAUCCCCCAGUGCCUUCCCCAGCGAAUACUCUCACCUGCUCCUCUCCAGAGGCAUUGGCCUACGAUCCCCGACCUCAAUCGCCGCCCAGCGCGCUCAUCUACUUCGUCAAAAUGAAACGAUGAACGGCACCUCCCAGCCGUCGAGCAGCACCGCCAACGCCUCCACCAGCGCUACGACUGCCGCGAGAAAAGCCCCGCACGGCAAUCCUCCGUCGGCCAUCAAUGGUAUCAAUGCCAAACAGAAAGACCGUCAAACUCAGAAGAAAGGACCGAAUGAAAUUGACGGGAGGGGCGCUUUGCAUCACAUCAUCGGUCAAGACCGAGUAAGCAAGAACCAACUCGCAUUGUCGGUCCGCAAACACUUCAAUAGUGCUGGACUUGCAGAGCAGGAGGCCAUUGCUCGGUUUCUGUACAAGGUUCGGGAAGAGGGAAGAGGGCGACAUUUCCGACUGAGGUUUCAACCUUAG